GGAUAUCCGAGCAGGUCUGAACAAGCCGGCAGAAAACGAGGGGAGGAACAAGUGUAUCUCAGUCCCGCUCCUUCAAAGAGCGAGAGAAGUGUCAGUCUUCUUUGCUUUGUGCAGUGAGUCACAAGUGAUUGUCAGUGCGGUGUGUUUAGUACGUCUGUGAGGUGCUGGUUCCUGGAAACGGACAUUCUUACACGGAAACUUGUCUCUCUAUAGAAGAAUCAGAAAUGGAACCUGGAAGCCGGCCUUCUGCUUGCAACCUUGCGAGCUCGGCUACAGUGGUACUCUUAUCUGUAGCCAUUAUGCCUGCUCAUGCUGCUGAGUGCAACGUGGGCUUCGUUUGCCCGCUGGAUUACUUCUGCUACAAGCCCACAGGCAUAUGCAUACAGUGCCUAAACUGCAGUUCGUUCAACCGCGUGUCGUCAGUGUCGCUGCAAUGCCACGAGACGUCGCAAGAGUGUGGGGAGUGCCUGCCUGGUUACAGAGAAGAAUACCUUGCUCAGAAGCUGAAGAGGGACAUGUGUGUACUGAGUGGCGUCUUACCACCCUCCACUACCCCUACCACUACCACCACUUCCACUACUACUACCACCACCACCACCCCCGCCCCUGAAACCACUGCCUCAACUCGAGCCGAAGCCAGCACCAACACCACCUCCACCACCAGGAGGGUAGUCAGCUCUGCGUCUGUGAUUCCAAGAGAGAUGAUAACAGCAUGUGCUGUAAUAUCUGUGAUAUCGGUCGUCGUCUUCAGCAUCAUAGGUGUUCGCAUCUUCAAUUACAAGAGAAGGAAACCGAACUUUGGCCGUGCUGUCCGUCAGGACGUGGAAGGAUCGCGUACCUCACACCCAGAAGCUUCAUCUUUCCCGCUCUUGCCUCUGGGAGUUGGAAAUUUGAAUGACAGUUCGUCCACUAUGAGCGAGCAUCCACCGCCGUACAUUGACGAUGCUGGUGAAACAACGGUGACGGUUUCGGAGGAGCGGACCGUCGUGCUGCGAGUCCCGGAGCAGAAGCAGGACAGCGAGCUCCUGAACGCUGUCCCCUGGAGGGAUCCCACCUACUCCAGGUUAUGCGGUUCUGACAGUAUAGAAGGUGAUGAAACUCCAGCUGAUGACUAUCACCUUCCAGCAAUUAAUGAUGAAGAGACAACCCCUAGCCCCUGGGUACCAACAACUGACCAGCGACCAAGACACAGUCGGGAGGGUGAAAGUGCUGCGGCGCCCGAAGCAGACCCUAGCGCCGCGGUGGACCAGGAGGUGCCGUCGGUCCAGCCCGCCACGAGCGAGGACGACCGCCCUGAGGCCCUGGGGGCCUCCUCCGCGAGCCUGGACCGCCCGUUUGCGCUGUUCGGGAGGUGUGGUGACCUGGACGAGCCGGCCAGGAAGCGCACCCGCCCGGACGACGCCCAGUCCUGCGGCGACACCUCCCGGGUCCCCGUGCCCCCGCCCCUGCCCCUCGACCAGAACAGCUGCAGCAGCCUGUGCGAGGACCUCACUGUCCUGGGCUCGCAGCCCAGCAGACUCCCGUCGGCCUCCAGCGACUCCAACCUCCGGCGGGGGGUGUAGCCGCGCUGGGCCGUCCUUCCCGGUGUUUCUUUAGGUUCAGUAGCUGAUUAGAGACACUCUAGUGCCAUUAGGUUUCAGUGUUCUGUGUCACUUGGCGGGGAAUAAGCUGGUGAAUGAGAGAGGUGGUUUCGACUCGUUUACCAUCAAGGAUGUUUUCAGAAUAAAACUCAUCCAUUUGCCAUUUUGAUGUUUGAGUUGCAUCCUUUCUGUGGAGUGAAAAUGUCACUUCCAAAGUACCCUCUCUCAUUUACAGGUUGGACAAUAUUCUCGGAACAUUGUUUGGUUUUGUUAGUUUAGCUAUUGGUUUUUGUUUUGCGUUUACCUUUAGAGCUCAAUGUCUUUUAAAGUAUAAAUCUUUAUAUCUACUUAAAGUUAUCUAUAUUAAUUUAUAAUCAAAGAAUUUUUUAUGAAGUACUUGUUCACCAACCAGACAACAAAUCAUAAAUGUGCUAAAAAUUCAAUACCAUAAAAACCUUUUAAAAUCGUUCCCCUUAAAGUGUUAAACAAAAAAUAUUGGUACUUGCCUGUAAAUCAUGAGACUGCAACAAAUUAAUCCAUAUUAUAUAUAAUUGGUUAUCUAUUUCAAUCAUGUUAGCUAGUUUCAGCUUGCAAGUAAUUUCCAAUAUCUAGAUAUUAUUUAUCUUUAGUUUAGAUUAUUUAGACUUAAUUAUUUUCUGUUUAAAUUUAAUAUCUGUACACUACGUGACCAGUUAACUUUUCAGGCAUGAAGUAAUCCCAAGGUGGGAGUCGCUAAACAGUUUGUUUACCUUUGCAGACUGAUGAUGAAAGUCUGUCAAGUUCCUUUUCUCUCUUGCUGGCACAGAAACAAGCUCAAGUUUGGAGUCCAUGCAUUCACAUGCGAAACAGUACUUUGUCACUUUGAUAUUGUCUACAUACUAGUCCCACGUUCCAUAACCAGAAUUGUACCCAAAUUUUUUUUUUAUAAAACUGCAUUGAUAGUGCGGAGUAACAUGGUGUACGUCUAUCUAUAGGAUUAAUACGCCUCCUUAAUUUUCUUAAAAAGUCCUCAAUUGUAUUUUAAAUGCGUAAGGCCCUUUAAAUGACUAUAGAUCAAGAUCUACUCCUUCAUAAAUUUUAUAUUCUAGAUGCAUAAAUACACAUAAUACUGUGUGGAAUUUUUAUUAUUUUGUUUUGGACUCUGGCAGUAAGCAAUGUUCCACACAUGCACUCCUGUGUGUUUACAAUGCUGUUAGCUCCUAAAACAGUCUCUUUGAGCAAUUUGCGCAAUGGGAAAGAUUUAUUUAAUAUUUUGGGUUUAUGCAAUUGUUAGUUUGCACCGUAUGUCAUAGAGAAAACCCGAAGAACAAAGAUAGAUGAAUACACAAACACACAGAAAACAAACCAAAAUCACCUGAUGACAAAUGUUACAUGUAUAGAAAGCACAGAGAAUUCUGUGGAAGGAAUUAGAACAAUAUUACAACACAGGCGAACAUUGCUCUAACAACGAUGAGACAUUUGCAACAAAAACAGUAAAUACAAACAUCAACCUUGGACAAAAAGUGACAAACAGGAACCCAAAGAUGAUACUAAUCAGAUAAUCUGGACAAUGUACAGUCAAUUAAAGAUGCAAAGCCAAUGAUGAAAUUAAACAGGUAUUCUGACACCACAACGUCAACAGCACAAACACAGUACCAAGUCUCAGUUCCAGAAAAUCACAAUUUAACAAGCCCAAUUCCUCCCACAGAAUUAUCUAUGUUGUCUAUACAUAAACAGUUUAUGUCAGUUGAAUUUGGCUUGUUUUAUAUGCAAUUGUGAAUCCAUCCAUGUUUGCUCAUUAUUUGGGUUUUCUUUAUGACUUACAGUGCAAAAUAACAAUGGCGUGUGUCCAAAAUGAUGAUUUAAAUCCUAAAAUGCAUUUAUUUUGUCAGUGGUGAAGCAGAGGAUUUUUGUAAGUUUAAUUUCCUGAUAAUGAUAAAUGUACUCAUUAACCAUUAGUAAAAUAGGAGUGUACUUUUUUUUUUAUAAUCCAACCAACAGUUCAAACCAUUUCACAGUUUUUUUAUAGUACCUAGCCUAAGUAACCAAUAAAGUAUUUUAGUUAUAUGUAAUAAAAUACUUUGAAUAGAAUAAUCACAGUAAUUAGAACUAAAAAAAAAACACCAUUUUUAAUUUUUGAAUUAGGAUUCUAGACUAUUACUAAAAAAAACUUCUAUGAAAGUUAUAUAUUGCACUUUACAAGUUUGUUAUUUAUAUUUUCUUAAUACACAUUUCUUCCGUUUCUUUGUACAUUACUACAAGGUAGUUUGGAGUUUUUACUAAGUUACAUUCCAUAGCAGUAUGAGUGCAGGUUGCAGCUGCCAUUUCGUGAUUUACUCCAUUGCCAUUUUUUUUUUGUGUAAGCAGAAUUACUAGAAAAUUUUUAGUAAUAAAAAAUAGGGUAAGUUAUAGCAUAAGUUUGGUUUAGAUAUGUAUUAAACAGUGAACAGGGUGUCUACCAACCGUGAAAACAAUGAAAUCCAGGGGAAUGGCUGGGAUUUAACAUGAUUGGGAAUUAACCGGGGAAAAAAAUUGGAAAUUUUAAUAUAAUUCCGGCAACAUUUAAUGCUUUUCUCUUCAUGCUGGCAAGAUUUCUAGCAUCUUAAUUUUGUUUGUCACUCCACGCCACCAGGCCAACAGAAAAUUCAUUGUGCACAACCGCAUGUAUGCAAUAAUCGGGAAGAAGAGAGAGAAGAAGCGGCAGGUCUGCAUGCGAAAAGCUCCAUUAACUGUCUUACAAAAAAUCAGGAAAACUAAAAUUAAUUGCCCUAGAAAACCUGGAAUUUUGCAACUCUAUUUUGGUAGACACCCUGUUAAAGCUCUACAAGAAACUAUUAUUGUAGAUUGUGCAUUGUGUAGCAUGUCAGUUGAUUCUAAUUUAAGAUUUUUGUUUUUUACACAUCUUAACACUUUUCUUGUAGAUUGUUUAUCAUGAUAGUUAAUUCUAAAGUAGGCCUGAGCGAAUAUUCAAAUUUUUGAAUGUCAAAACAAAUAGUUGAUUAUUUGAUUCGAUUUUGAAUAAAAAAAAAAAAGUCGUUUACGAAGACAGGUGUGUGGGAUCUCGAAAGACUGGAAAAAUUUUGGGUCACAGGAGAUUUUCCUGUCGGGCGGGGACAGAAUUCCCAUAGGAUAUUCGUAAUGUUUUAAGGUUAUUCAUGUGGAAUUUAUUGCUACAUAUAGCCAUGUAAAUUUUGAGAAGACUAAUAUAAUAAAGCCGGAUUUAAAACAGUAAUUCGGAACCAUUACUUACAAUCACAUUAUCAGCUAAAGUAUAUUAUGGAGAAGUGUGUCCAGAAGGGGAAGGUUGUAAAAAAUAUGUUAGAACUGACAGCAUACUGAUAAAGAUAAAUACAUGUCCAUAAAAAGUUGACAGUUUUCAGAUCAGAGGGUAGAAACAUGGCAUGCCAGCUCUGUGAUUAGUUUAGUUCAGAAUGGGGUGACGAAUAGAAAAAAAUCUCUUGUGGAAAAGAUGUGGUCGUAUACUAUGUUCCUAAACUUCAGUUAAAACAAGCCAAAAAAAUGUAAUCCAUAAAUGUUGAUAUAUGUAAAUUUAUUUUCACUUAGUUUUAAAUUUUUUUAGGCCUAUGUCAUAAUUAACUAUAGAUUAAAACUACUCACAGUACAUUCUUUUUAAACCCACCCUCUUCACACAUACUGCAAUUGCCUUACAUAUUCGCUUUGCACUGUUUCUUAAAUUUUUUUGCAGAUCCUAUUUUGAUUAUUAUGAAAAAUAAUUAUUUAUAUUUUCCUUUCAAAAUUUACAUAUUUCAACAAAAUUUUACCAAUAGCAAUUGUAGUUGACUUAACCUAACCAACCUUUCACUUUAGUAUUAUUUAUCUAAUUUUCCAGAAGCCACUACACUACACACGUACUUUUUCUUUGAAUAUGUAUUCAUUUUGAAAAAAAAAUUUUUAGUGGGAUUCCAAUUCUUACUAUUGAAAUUCUAUAGUUGUAUUCGAGAAUAAUUUGAUAUUUGUAUUCGUAUUCAAACUGAAAAACUGAUAUUCGCAAAGGCCUAUUCUAAGUGUUGAAAAAUUUGUUUCUACAUCUUAAAGGAAGCUAAGUAUAAUUAAUUGUGAGCAGUAAUAUAUAAUGAUCAGUGGAAUGUAAUUUAAGGUUGAUAAUGACUAGAUGGUACACAUUAGAAUCUUGAAAUUGUAUGAUCACCACACACCACUUGAAAACAUGUUCCUUUGUCUCUAUCAGAAUAAAAUUAUAUUUGUGUUGGUGUAACAAUGUGUAAGACAGUUAAAAUGAUUAAUUUAAAUUGGCAAUUAACUAAGCAAUUUUAUAGCCUGUUGGAUUUUUGUUACAAUAUUUUAUUAAAAUUUAUUUGAAGUAUUAUAAUGGAUAUUGAGUUUAUUUUGACAUGUAUUUAUUUAAUAAAUGUGUAUUUUGUUCCUUGCUCUUAGAGCUUUUAUUUAUAGUUUUAUUUGAAAAUUUAAUGAAAAAAGAAAUUGUGGUCCACAACACCUAAUGAAAAAUGUUCUUGAUAAAAUUGUUGAAAAACUUUGCUUUAAAAUGUUGAAAGUUUCACUAAAUCAAAAGCAAUUACAGAUAUUACUUUUAAUUAAUUGUAUUCCAUCUUCGAACAUGAAGGCAGAAACUAGUUAUGUACAUAGACUGCCAUCAAACACUAGCAUUAGAUACAAGAUGACAUGGUUUUAUUAUUAGCUCAAAUUCAUUUUUAAAAUUAGAGAUUUCUGUGUUAUUGGUUCUAUUUGUUUUAUUCAUACUACAUGCUGUUUAUUUAUGAAGAUAGUAUGACAGUUAAAAUUGUUAAUUCUAUUUUGACUAAAAAUUUCAUUUUUGUUUUCUAAUGAUAAACUCAGUUUUUAAAAUAAAUAAUCAGUUAUAUUAAUUUCUAGGGCAAAAUUGCUCUGCAGACAUUUAAAUACUGUAUUCAAAAGAAUUUGUAGGUAAUUUAUAUGUUAUAUCAAUCUAAGAACAUUGUUAAGUUUCACAACUCCCUUGGUCCAAAUAUUGUUUUAAAAAUUUGUAAUAAAAAUGGCAUUCAUAUAAUUUUGGAUGUCAGUUAAUUUAGGUAAAUUUUAAUUGAGUUUUGUUUAAAUUCUAUUUUCUUUCAUGAUUUAGUUUGAUAUUACAUGAUGUAUUGAUGCACAUUUCGGUGUUCAGUUUUAUCACUAUUCACCAAAAAAGUUGGUCCCUACCUAUGACUUGUACACAACAGCCACCAUACUGAUUUCUGCAUUUGAACAAGCUAAUAAUAUAUAUAUAUAUAGAUUUUUUUUGAGGAUUUAGCACUGUAGCAAAAAUUAUGAAUGACAUUUGUUGCUUAGUCAAUCAAGGAAAACUCAAACAUAUUAGGAUUAGGUUAUGACAACCAGUUUUAUACGUAAGUUUUCAUGAAUUAUAUGUGUGGAGGUUGGCUGGCAUUCAUUACAGUUUCUCCUCAUGCCUGAAAAAUUAGAUACAAAUAUACAAAAGUUAAAAUUGUAAUGGUUUUGGUUUUGGAAUUACUUUAAUUAGAAUUUGCACUCUCCUAACCCCAGUAAUAGUUUGUCAUUGAUAUCUUUCUUGCCCCCCCCCCCCCCCCCCCCUUUAUUUUUAAAGAAUUGUUUGAUAGAAUGAACUAAAUGUGUUUCAUGUAUUGGAUUUUAUAAAAUAUGAAAUUGUAAGUAUUGACAGCUUAAGGUUGUUAAAGAUUUUAUACUUUUAAUAAACUGACAUAAUUUUUUUUAAUAAA